CCUUGAAAAUGAGUUAGCACUGGCAACACUGUUCAGAGUCACACUCCGGCACAUAGGUGGCAGUGUUUUAACUCUCUCGCAACCCGGCAGUGAAUCCGCUGGAGAAAUAUGAUCCGUAUUCCGUAAUGCUUCUGUUGAAUCAUUUGCAGUAAACAUUUGGAAGGCUUAUAGAAAUAAAAAACCCGUUACGUUGCUUUUUUGGCAGCACUUGUCAUGAAGAUGACUGAGGAAGACAACGCAGUUGGGCCACCUGUUACUGAAGAGGAUGUUCGACUGCUAAUAAAAAGAAAGGAUGACAUUGAAGAGCAAAUUAAAGCAUAUGACGACAUGCUCAGAACCCAGGCAGGUGUAGGCAUGGAUGGUCCUUUGGUUGAUGUGGAAGGCUUUCCUCGUGCAGAUGUGGAUUUGUAUAAGGUCCGAACAGCAAGGCACAAUAUCUCUUGUUUACAGAAUGAUCACAAAUCUAUCAUGGUGGAGAUCGAGGAGGCCCUUCAUAAGCUGCAUGCCACAGCAAGGGUCAAACCUGAGAAGGAUGAGACAAAGAUGGAAGUCACUGAGCCGGCUGUGUCUCUGUCAGCCCCGUUCGCACUGGUGGACACUGUAACACAGGGCUCCCCUGCUUUUCAGGCCGGUUUGCGAGUCGGUGAUGAGAUUAUAGAGUUGGGGUCUGUCAAUACACAAAACUUCAGGAAUCUGCGCGACAUCGCUUCUGUUGUCCAACAUAGUGAAGGGAAAUCCCUACGUGUUGGAUUGCUUCGAAGUGGACAAGAAAUGCAUCUUAGUUUGACUCCGAAGCAAUGGUCUGGUAGAGGACUACUAGGGUGCAACUUGGUGCCUCUCCAGAGAUGACCAGUGAAAGGACGAGGAUCAUCUUUAUGGCAAACAUCACAACUCUUUUGCACUAAAUAAAUUUGCAGUGGGUUAACUUUAAUUUUGCUUUUGCAUUCAUUGUAAAUAAAUUACCAAGGAGAAAUGACAGACUAUUCAGUUUCAGACUUAAUCUGUCAGAAAGGAUGAACAGAAUUUAUUAGCAAGGUUUUCACUAACCUUUGUCUCUUUUUGAAUUUCUUGCAUCCAUUUUUUUUUUAAUUCUUGUUCUAAAAUUGGUGUAUUGUGGAACAAAUCUGGCAAGAGGCUCAUUUUAAUGUUAAAAAAGCUUAAUGUUAAGACCAGAGUCAUUCUGAAAAGCCUGGGUUCUGAUGCAUGAAGCUGUAUUAACUUUGUUACAGUUGCAUUAGAACAACACCAGGGUGAGUAAAUAAAGUCUGAAUUUUUUUUAUUUUUGGGUGAAUUAUCCUUUUAAUAUGAGUGAAAAACAUAUUACAGUGUUUCAAUCUUUUCUUAUUAUAUGCAAAUCAGAUUAAAAACUGACUUGGAAACCUGUCA